CUGGUCUCGUGAGUGUUUUAUGUUGAAAUGGUCAGAUGUUUUUCCGGUGACGUAACGUAGCUAAACACUGGUCCAAAGACGGAAGCUCUGAAAGCUGUCAGGUAACUGCUGAGCCACAUGUGAAGAUGAGCGUCCCGGACUACAUGCAGUGUGCUGAGGACCACCAGACGGUGCUCGUGGUGGUCCAGCCGGUCGGCAUCGUACCCGAGGACCAGUUCUUCAAGAUCUACAAACGGAUCGCCAGCGUGAGCCAGGUGAGCAUCAGGGACUCCCAGCGCCUCCUCUACAUCCGAUACCGCCACCACUACCUGCCUGAAAACAACGAGUGGGGAGACUUCCAGACGCACCGCAAAGUAGUAGGUCUCAUUUCCAUCACCACCUGCGCCUCGGCCAAGGAGUGGCCCCAGACUGCUGAACGCUUCCACGGCCAGAAGGAGGUGUACAGCUCCACCCUCUACGACUCACGGUUGCUGGUGUUUGGGCUCCAAGGCGAGAUCACAGAGCAGCAACGCACAGAUGUGGCCUUCUACCCCAACUUUGAGGAGUGCUCUGAUGUGGAGAAGAGAGUGGAGGACUUUGUGGAGUCGAUAUUUAUUGUUCUGGAGUCCAAGCGGCUUGACCGGGCCACAGAUAAGUCUGGUGACAAGAUACCACUGCUCUGUGUGCCCUUUGAGAAGAAGGACUUUGUGGGUUUGGACACGGACAGCAGGCAUUAUAAGAAGCGCUGCCAGGGACGUAUGAGGAAGCAUGUUGGAGACUUGUGUCUCCAGGCAGGCAUGCUGCAGGACGCCCUGGUCCACUACCACAUGGCUGUAGAGCUGCUCAGGGGAGUUAAUGACUUCCUUUGGCUGGGUGCUGCAUUGGAGGGAUUAUGUUCAGCCUCUGUCAUAUUCCACUACCCCGGAGGCACAGCAGGGAAGACGGCAGGACGCAAGCCAAGCAUCUCUCAGCCGGCAGAUGCAGGAAAACGCCACAGACCAGGGGCUCAAGAGGUUCUCAUUGACCCAGGUGCCCUCACAGCCAACGGCAUUAGCGCAGACACCAGCACUGAGAUUGGACGAGCAAAGAACUGCCUGAGUCCUGAGGACAUUAUCGAGAAAUACAAAGAGGCCAUCUCCUACUAUGGAAAGUACAAGAAUGCAGGCGUGAUCGAGCUGGAGGCCUGUGUGAAAGCGGUGAGGGUGCUGGCUAUUCAGAAGAGGGCCAGGGAGGCCUCUGAGUUCCUGCAGAACGCUGUUUACAUCAACCUGGGACAGCUAUCAGAGGAGGAGAAGAUCCAACGCUACAGUAUCCUGUCUGAACUCUACGAAUUAAUUGGAUUCCAUCGCAAGUCAGCUUUUUUCAAGCGAGUCGCAGCCAUGCAGUGCGUGGCUCCCACCAUCCCAGAGCCAGGCUGGAGGGCCUGCUACAAGCUGCUGCUGGAGACGUUACCUGGAUACAGCCUGUCACUCGACCCCAAGGACUUCAGCAAAGGAACCCACAGAGGCUGGGCUGCUGUACAGAUGCGCCUCCUGCAUGAGCUGGUAUAUGCCUCCCGUCGCAUGGGCAAUCCAGGCCUGUCUGUACGCCACCUGUCCUUCCUGCUGCAGACCAUGCUGGAUUUCCUGUCUGAUCAAGAGAAGAAAGAAGUGACCCAGAGUCUGGAGAACUACACCUCCAAGUGUCCAGGUGGAAUGGAGGUCAUCACCCUCCCUGAUGGCCUGAAGCUGCCUCCGGUGCCAUUUACAAAGCUGCCCAUUGUCCGAUCUGUGAGGCUCCUCAAUCUGCCUGUCAGUCUGCGGCCCCACAAAGUGAAAGGCCUGCUGGGACAGAAUAUGUCCACUGCCAGCCCCUUCAUCUACUCGCCUAUCAUCAUGCACAACAGAGGAGAGGAGCGCUGUAAGAAGAUAGACUUCCAGUGGGUUCAAGGAGAUGUUUGUGAAGUGCAGCUGAUGGUCUACAACCCUAUGCCUUAUGAACUUCGUGUGGAGAACAUGGGUUUGCUGACCUCUGGAGUGGAGUUUGAAUCUCUGCCUGCUGCGCUGUCUCUGCCUGCUGAGUCUGGCCUCUACCCUGUUACUCUGGUCGGUGUCCCACGUACAGCUGGAAACAUCACUGUCAACGGUUACCACACGUCAGUGUUUGGUGUGACCAGUGAUUGCCUGCUGGAGGGCCUGGUGGGAGUGAAGACUGGUGGUUGUCUGGUGGAGGUCAUUCCCUCUCUUCCUCGCCUCCAGCUCAGCACAUCACUGCCACGGUCAGCUCACACAGCUCAGCCCAUGUCCAAAGAAGAACUGUCCAGCACUGUGUCUGUUCAGCUUUUCAACGGAGAGAUGCAGCAGCUGACCAUCACCCUGGAAAACAUUGGAUCUGAGGGCAUCGAGACUCUGGAACUCACCUCUAAGACGGUCAGCACCAAAGAGAAAGUGUUUGGGGAAUUUCUGAGCUGGGAGCUGGAGGACGCUUUGUCACACCUGCCUCUAAAGCCUGGCCAGGCUGUGACACUGGCUGUCAGCAUCAAAGUCAAGCUGGACUUCUCUGGUCAGGAAAACCUGCUGCAGGACCUCAAUGAUGAUGGGAUUAGUGUGACAGGCCUGCCAAUCUCCAGUCCGCUCCGUCAAGUCCUCAAACCCAGGCCUGAGACCAAGCCCGUCAGCAGUGAGUCCGGCAAGGCAGAGUACAGCCAUAUUAAGACUUUGGAAGCGGUACUGAACUUCAGGUACUCUGGAGGAGCAGGAAAAGUGGAGGGCUACUACAGGGAGUUGUCUCUGGGUGUCCAUGUUGAUGUGGAGCCUUCAGUGUUUUUUACCAGAGUCAGCACCCUCCCUGCUACCAGCACCCGCCAGUGUCAUCUGCUGCUCGACAUCUUCAACCCAACAGAGCAUGAGCUCACUGUCAGCGCCAAGAACAACCAGGACCUGGUUCUCCAUGCCAGCGAGUGCCAGAGGAUGGCCAUCCAGGUUGACAAGUUUGACUUUGAGAGUCUGCCACAGCCGGACCAGGAGACUGUUCGCUUCAGUAACCCCAAACAGCUGGAGGAGGAGCGACAGCAUGCCCAAGGCUGCCAGAUCAACAGCAAGCUGGGCAUCUGUUGGAGCAUCCCAUCUCUGCGGCGCCGUGGAGAGGCCAGUGUGGAGGGAGUCCUCAACCAGCUGGUCCUGGAGCACCUUCAGCUCGCUCCUCUACAGUGGGAUGUGUUGGUGAAUGGGAAGCCAUGUGACUGUGACGUCAUUGCUGAUUGUAAAGUGGGCGACGCUGUGACUCUGGAGGUGAAACUCACCAAUCUGAGCAAGAACUCGGUGGGCCCUCUGGCUCUGACUGUGGUGCCGUAUCAGGACUACCAGAACGGAGUGCAGAACUACGAUCUGGAGGAUGCAGUCACCUUCAUCGGCUCCAACACCUUCUACAUCGACACGGUGAAACCCAAAGAAAGUUCUGUGUGUGAGGGUGCGCUGCUCUUCCUCUACACUGGAGAUUUCUACCUUAAUAUUAAGUUCCAAGACGACAGCGCUGGACGGGAGCUUCCUCUAGCCUGGUUCACUCUGCCCAGCGUCCACAUCAGAGCCCUGGACCCUCCGCUACAGGCCGGGGCCUAGUGAACCUCAGCGUUCUACGUCUGAAUGAAGGAUAGAGCUUUUUGUUGUUGAUGUAUGUGAAUACGACAGCCUUAUGAUUUGAUUUACAUGUAAAUAUUGUUUUGUUAAAGGUUCCUGCAUUUGUAGAGCUUAUACACUGGCUGUUUGGGAGCGAUUAAAACCACACAAACUCUCCGGCAAAUCUGCACAAGUAGGCGGAAGUGACUUCUCCGUCCUUUCUGGGUGUAUCAUCAUAUCUCAGUGUCACCGACAUUUACAACCAAAUCAGCUCAUUUUAGAGGAAUCAUCAGUCAGUGCGCUCACUCAUGGAGGCUCAUGAAGUAAAUUACCCAGAGCUUUCUGCUUAAGUUGAACUCUGACCCAGCAGUUUGCACCACUGACCAAUACUGAGGGCACGCAGCCAGAGAGUUCAGAGUAUCUCAUUAGCCAUGUUGCACCGUCAGGCUUUAUAUGAACCUGAUCAGUCAGAGUUUAAACUGCUCCGUAAACAGUGUGGGGUGGAAUUUGUAAGUCAGGUGUGGAUCAGAUAAAUGCACUGCCUCAGACUGACCAGGUUUACUUGUUGUUCAGAGACAAAGAUGGUUAGCAUGUUAGCUGAUGGUUUGCUAAACGGUAGCUGCAAGGGAAAGCCAUUUCAGCUAGCUGUUACAGUCUAGUUCAACUAACCUCAGCGAAAGGUAGCUACUGACAACUCCACUAGCCUGCAUGCCAUCAGUGCACAUUACGUUUGACUUUUCAGUGCAACCAGGCGGUGACACUUGAUCUUUAUCACUUUGUUUACAGGACCAGAGACGGGAUGUAACCAGUCAAGCACACGUAAAAAUGAAAUGAUUUCCACUGUUGUAUGGACUUUUUCCUUGCCUCUGUGCCAUCAUACUGAAUUAUUAAUGAUUUCUUGCUGUCUUAGAUUAGCCACAUUAUGUGUGAUGCAAUAUUACUGUAAAUAAAUGUUAGGAGAAGGCAA